UUAAGUGUACAGCCCACUGCGCCUGCGCGGUUUACCGGACAAGAUGGCGACCAGCAAUGGUGGAGGAAUGGAAGUGGAUGGGGCAGCCAGCCCCAGUGUCAUGGCCUCGGGGGUCACUGGGAGCGUCUCUGUUGCCUUACACCCUCUGGUUAUCCUCAACAUAUCUGACCACUGGAUACGCAUCCGCUCGCAGGAGGGGCGGCCAAUGCAGGUGAUUGGUGCUCUGAUCGGGAAACAGGAGGGCAGAAACAUUGAGGUGAUGAACUCCUUUGAACUGCUGUCCCACACCAUAGACGACAGAGUGCACAUUGAUAAGGAGUACUACUACACGAAGGAGGAACAGUUCAAACAGGUCUUCAAAGACAUGGAGUUCUUGGGCUGGUACACAACAGGUGGUCCCCCAGACCAGUCAGAUAUCCACAUUCACAAGCAGGUGUGCGAGAUCAUUGAGAGUCCUCUGUUCCUCAAACUCAACCCAAUGACCAAACACACCGACUGUCCUCAUCUCCCUCAGCUUCCUGUUAGCGUUUAUGAAUCUGUGAUUGACAUCAUCAAUGGCGAGGCUACCAUGUUGUUUGCUGAACUGACGUACACACUGGCCACAGAGGAAGCAGAGAGAAUUGGUGUCGAUCACGUAGCUCGAAUGACGGCCACCGGCACCGGAGAAAACUCAACAGUUGCUGAACAUCUCAUAGCCCAGCACAGCGCGAUAAAGAUGCUCCACAGCCGAGUGAAGAUCAUUCUAGAGUACGUCAAAGCCGUGGAAGCAGGAGAGGUGCCAUUUAACCACGAGAUCCUUCGAGAAGCAAACGCCCUGUGCCACAGACUGCCAGUCCUUAGCACCACAAAAUUCAAAACUGACUUCUAUGAUCAAUGUAAUGACGUCGGCCUCAUGGCCUACUUAGGCACCAUCACCAAGACUUGCAACAGUAUGAACCAGUUCAUCAACAAGUUCAACGUCCUGUACGACAGACAGGGCAUCGGCCGGAGGAUGAGAGGACUCUUCUUUUGAGCUGGCAGAAAGCCGAAGCAGAGAGACAAACAAGCACUGCAGUUUCUUUUUCUCUGUUCUGUCUUUAUUUUGGGUUUGUUUGUAUUUUGAUUUGCUAAAAAGAAAUCCUUAAGCCAACAGUAGCUUUUCCAACCAGUUUACCAUUUUCAACCACAAGUGUGUCUAAAGGCACCUAAAAACACCAAUCAGUAGGAGAUGUGUACAAAAUCACUCGACUCUUUUGUGGGUAUGCACAGCGAUGAAUCCACUGUACAUGAACGUUAUAUUAUUUUACCCAGUUUGUUUUAUUGUUCCAUGUUUCUGUAUGUAAUAAAUGAUCUGCUAAUUUUUUUCAUGGGA